UACCUUAUGGCCAGUCCAUCGCUGAUGAAAAUGUGUGCACGGGUUCAUAUCUCGUUUGUCAUGUUGCACUGACUAGGCAAUUACUAGCGUCUCAUGGUCUCUAAACCUCUGAAUACGUCCUGGGACGCCCCUUUAAACGCUACUUCGUGGGGGAAGACGUGCCCAGGAGGGACUAAUGCGCAAUUAUUUGGUGUCGAAGAAGAUUGCCUGAGCAUCAACAUCAUCCGACCGGAAGGUGUGUUAGACGAGGAUGAACUGCCUUUCCUCCUGUGGAUAUACGGCGGGAACUGGUAUGUAGGAUCUGCAACGGACCCCCGUUUCAACGGGAGCUAUAUUGUACAGCGUUCUGUUGAGCUCGGAAAGCCUAUUAUCUUUGUUUCUGUCAAUUACCGUCUAUCUGUUUUGGGGUUCUCGCUAGGAGAGGAAUCUGCAGAUGCCAGUAUACUCAACCUAGGUAUCCGAGAUCAAAGACUGGUUUUGCAGUGGCUUCAGGAUAAUAUAUCCGCUUUUGGUGGAUCACCUAAGAAAGUUAUUAUUCUGUUGGUGAAAUCAGCGUCACUAUCCAUAUGGCCGCUUAUGGCGGUCAAAAUGAAGGUUUAUUUCGGGCAGCCAUAGUAGAUUCAGGCGUCUUCUCCAUAAGGAAUGGGUUAGUUUUUUCCCAGGCUGCUCUUUGAAAUUCUCUGCUGGAAACUGCCGGCUGUAAUAACUCAUCCGACAGAAUUUCAUGCCUUCGCUCCAUGCCGUUUGCUGAUCUGUAUGCAGCCACCUUGAACGUGACCUACUGGCCACUCGAGGUACCAGACAAUGAUUUCAUUCAGGAGUUUCCGUACAAGGCAUUGCAGGAUGGCAA